GUAUUCAAUAAUCCUGACAAGUGAACGUGGCGUUUCUUUUUGUCUACUUGCUGUGUGUGCACCCCUUAAUGUAUUGCCACAAAAUACACCUCUAAUUACCAGAAAUUUACCUUCUUUCUAUUUCCAAAGAGCUGGAAGUAGUUACCAUGCUAAACACUGUAAUUUAGUACAUCCGUCAUGCAUUGUACAUUUGGUGACGAUUCGGUGACAGUUGUUGUUUAGGCUUAAAGAAGACGACUUGACAAGUUUAGUGCCGCAUAUUAUAUUUAAUGUGAAUUUGAUAUGAUCUUGAAAUUAGCCUGCAUUUCCGUGAUCUUGUGUAUCGGAGUUACCACUGGGUUGCCCGCUAAAGUGUUCAACAACAUUGCUGAUAACUUCGAGCACUUCGAUACCGCUUUUCCUGGAUACGAUGGACCGCCUCCCUUUGAUAUACUGUCGAAUAGUAUCGGUGAUGACUUUUUUGAUCCAGUUGAUAAGGCUGAUCAUUUCAAGGCAACCAACAAAAGCAGUGUAGCAACAACAGAGGCAAGACGUGAUAAUGACGUUGAAAUCAGAGUUAUUGGCCUUGAAGAUAACAUGGAUGCUUUCAAUAACAAUAAUACAGAAUAUAUUGAAGGCAUAAAAGCAGACAACUCGACGAAUACUAACGCUUCUUUGGCUGAUGUGACAUUGGCUAACAAAACGGAUACCAACCAAAACACAACCGAGAAUUCGGAAAUAUCGCUAUACAAUAGCACGUCUUCUGAAGAGAUCGAUGAAGAUACCAGGUCUCCUAGACAACAACCUAACGGCAACUCCACUGAAGAUGACCCGGAGUUUAAAAGCAAGGAGUCUCAAGAGGAGAGCAGUGAGGAAGAGGAAAAUAUGCUUACGGGUUUGCUAUCUGCCUUUCUUGGAGGCCUCAGUACGCCUGAAGGAGGUAUUGACCUGGACGCCAUAGUAGGAUUACUAGGAAGUUUGAGCAUCCAAAACCCAGACGGAACAUAUGACUUCCAGGGACUAACGGAUCUACUGAGAGGUUUAUUUGGGGGUGGAGAAGGAUCAGAUCUUGGAGCUUUUGUUGGAGGACUGGCUGGAGCUAUCAUCAAAGGAAUUGCGAUACCACCUGGACCCAAAGGAGCUGGGAAGUUGGUAGGCAAAAUAUUUGCUGGGGUGCUGCCAGCCUUGAGCGGUCCGCCUGAUCCUCAAGAUGGUGACGAAAUGGGGAUGACAGAUGAAUGGAAUAAGCCAGAAAAGCCCACGAUAGACCUUGGAAGUUUCCUCUCAGGAUUUUUCAAAACAUCAGCUAGUGGCAGUGCUGGAGGAGAUGGAGGUGGUAAAGUAGGCAUAAUAAAGGCAGUUAUCUCAGCUAUUAAGUCCUUGGCUACAUCUUCAAGUGCGUCGUCGUCUUCAAUGAAAAGCUGGAGGUGAAGAACAGUACAUGACGAUCUAUUGUAUUUAUAUACAUGGUGGCCGAUAUGUAACUGAUUGGUUUGUAUCUUGAAUAUAUUGCGAAAUGAAAUUAAAUACGUCCAUUUUUUUCAUCUUAAUCUUUUAUUAAAACUUGUAAAUUAUGUAUGAAAAAUAAUAUCAGACAAAUUAAUGUCCACGCAAACCUAAGCCCUGUUGAUUACAUUUUCUAUCACUUUUUGGUAGAUUUCUGGAGGAAUAUUUUCAACCGCUGCCGUAAUAUGAUUCUUCAGCUGCUCUACAGUAUUUGGUUUGUUGGUAUAAACCCUAUUUUUCAAAUCACCGAAUCGAGAAAUUAAAUGACCCGGAAAUAUUGUUCGCAAAAGAUUCAUUGUUUACGUAGCUGUGUGACAAGUUGCUCCGUCCUGCUGUAACCACAUGUUUUGCAAGUUAAAUUGUUGGAUUGGAGGAGCCAGAAAGUUUUGCACCAUAUCACAGUAGCGCUCGUCAAUGGCAGUAAGAUAAUUACCUGCAGCGUUUUCAAAGAAGUAAGGUCCAAUGACUCCUCCAUAUCAAACACCGUGCCAAAUUGUGACUCGACGAGGAUGUAGUGGUCGUUAAUGGAUGAUGAUGGGUUCUCUUAUGCCCAGAUACGACAAUUCUGCCUAACAACAAAUCCAUUCAUAUCGUAGUGGCAGGAGUGUAUUGUCGGCAACUUUCAUAGUCACUAGGUUGUAGUUCUUGGGUUAACUGAAUUAUGUAUGGACGCAAAUGCAAGUCCUUUUUAAAAUAGUGCAUAAUGACGUGUGACAAUACCUAGUUCUUGCGAACGAUGUCUGGUAGAUGUCUCAGGGCGCUCCACUACACUUUCACGAACUCUCUCGAUAUUUUCCUGACUACGAACAGUUCGAACAUGGCACGACCUUGACAAGUCUUUAAUUCAUCUGCUUGUUCAAAAUCCUGUCGUAGCGUAAUUUAUGUAAAACAAUACGGAUGCGUUGUGGGACCGUGUAGCGCUCCAUGUUGAAUUAGACACAUGUGCUUUAAAGAACUACUACGGCACCACCUAUUGAAAUGCGUGUAUCAAAAAUUUCGCGCAAUUUAAAGUUAUAUAUUGGCCACCUUGUAUAAAUGAAGACAGUAGAUACCAAUAUUUUAGUUUAUGGUCCAAAUACCCUUUUUCCUGUAAAAGGCACUGUUCCAAAAGCAAAAUGUCCUAAGCUAUGCUUGCAGUCACUCUAACGGUAGCUAAUGAAAGUCGAGUCAGAAUAUCCCAUAUCGUCAUCUAAAAAACGAUUUUGAUUUUAGACCAAUACAAUACAAAAUUCGAAAUAAACAAUAUGACUACAUCUGAAGUUGUGUCUAAAUGAACCGAACAGCUCUAUUAAUAUUGAAAAUGUAUUUUUGAAGCCGCACCCGUAUCAUGACAGAGAAAAAUUAGCAUAAUUAUGCUAAUGAUCUGUUAAUGUCAAAUUAACGUCACGUUAUGUUCAACUGUCCACGAAAAUAUAGAAUAGCUAACUGCAUUACGCCGUAAACGAAAUUAGUGAGAGUAUUUUAGUUGUUCUAUUAUCUGCGCAGCAAUAAUAAAUGUAGCAUAAAGUAUCUACUUUGUUUCUGCGAACCUUUCACAAAAUUAAUCCCCCAAGUCCCAUUACUGCUAAAUAACUCAACUCUCUUCAAACUGCAUUCAUAAGUUAUUAUUGUACACUACCUGAAUAAUCUGCUUUAACAUUUCCAUCGUUAUCAUUUUAUGAUUCAAUUUGCGACAACCUAACAGCUUGCGCCUCGGUUAUUCAAUAUUGUUUAAUGGAUGUAUCCCAAUGAUGGAGAAAGAUUGAUUUUGUUAAAAUAAUGGGCGCCCAUUAGGGUGAGCAAGGAGGCAUAUGCUCUCCCUCACGUCUGCUCGAGAAGUAAGAUAUACC